GCGGGGGCGCGCGCCGCCGCCGUCGGGGGCGCGCCCGGGGGCUCCCCUUGUGUGUGCGUGUGCGUGUGCGCGGGGCCGGGGCCAUGGAGGAGCUGAGCAGCGUGGGAGAGCAGGUCUUCGCCGCCGAGUGCAUCCUCAGCAAGCGGCUCCGCAAGGGCAAGCUGGAGUACCUGGUCAAGUGGCGAGGCUGGUCCUCCAAGCACAACAGCUGGGAGCCCGAGGAGAACAUCCUCGAUCCGAGACUCCUCCUCGCUUUCCAAAAGAAGGAGCAUGAAAAAGAAGUGCAGAAUCGGAAGAGGGGCAAGCGGCCCAGGGGCAGGCCCAGGAAACACGUGGAACCAGAGAUGCCUGCAAAAACAAAGUCAAGUAGCUCCUCUUCCUCCACAUCCUCCUCUUCCUCCUCCUCUGAUGAAGAGGAUGAAAGUGACCUGGAAGCCAAGAGAGGUCCCCGCGGCAGAGAGACUCACCCGGUCCCACAGAAGAAAGCUCAGAUCCUGGUGGCGAAGCCCGAAAUGAAAGACACUUCCAGGAAGAAGCGUGGUCGGAAACCUCUUCCCCCGGAGCAGAAAGCGGCUCGAAGGACCGUGAACCUGACAAAGGUGCUGAAAACAUCCCGGAAGGAGGCGGGCGGCAGCGCCAAGCUGCUGGGGAAGCUGCAGCCCCAGCACAGCGCGCAGGGCUCGGGCAUGGCCGCGCUGAAGGACCCGCCGGGCGCCUUGGCUGGGCUCAGCUCUGCGGGGUCGUCUGCCGAAAACCUGCCCAACAUGCUGAAGGGCGGCUCCGCCAGCCCGAGCCGGGCCAUCAGCUGGCAGAGCUCCAUCGUGCACUACAUGAACAGGAUGUCCCAAAGCCAGAGCGCGGCAGAGACCUCGCCCCUGGGCAGGCUGGCGCUGAAGUCGCAGGCAUCCAGUAAGAGCAGCUUAGGGCUGGACUUAAAAAUGAGGAACCAGAAAGGGCCUGGGGAGCUUGGGCUGAGCGUGCAGGGCCCCAAGGCUGCUAAGGCUCCUAGCAGCGGCGCUGGAGGGGACCAGAAAUCAGGGUUUGCUGCGGGAGGCCAAAUGCUGCACAACGGCAGCAAGACGCCUGCGAGCUCAUCCGGGGCCGGCAGCCAGCCGGCCUCCAGCCAGGAGCUGAACCUCCAAGCCCUAAACCUGCAGAGCGUCAAAAACGGGCCGAGCGUGGCCGGCGGGAGCAGCCUCCCUCGCCACCUCUGCAGCGCCCUGGCCAAAGGCUCCGGCGCGGCGGCGAGCGCGGGUGCCGGCGGGGCGAAGGGCGGCACGGCGGGGGCCGGGCUGAACGCUGCCGGCGUGCUCGCGGGGGGGGACGGCGGCAAGAGCGAGAAGCAAGCGCCCCGGGCAGGCGACAGGGACUUGGCCAAAAGCAGCACGGCCGGCACGCAGGAGGGGCACGCGGAGAGCCGCAAGCCGGCCGCCCUUUCCGAGGUGAGCACGGGCGAAGAGACCAGCUCGGAUUCGGACCGGGAUUCGGCUUCCUUCCCAGGCGUGGGUCAGAACAUGUCUGUCUCCAUCCAGACCAGCCAGGACUGGAAACCCACCCGCAGCCUGAUCGAGCACGUCUUUGUCACCGACGUCACCGCUAACCUGAUCACAGUGACAGUCAAGGAGUCCCCCACCAGCGUCGGGUUUUUCAACCUGCGGCAAUACUGAGCCCAGGAGCGCGAGGGGAGGGAGAGGGUCCUUCAGCCUCUCCCUCAGCUUUGCCCAGCUCUUCCAUCGGGUUUUUCUUUCUUCAAGUGAACACGUGAGACCUGCUGGGACUCGUGUCUAGAGAGGCUUGAGAAAGACGCGGUGAAACCUGCUCAGAACUGCCAGCGGGUCGACGGAUCCCUCCCGGCUUCUCUCCAUCCUCUCCCGCAGCCGGUGCCCCGAGCAGAGGUGGCCGACGCCGCUCUGCGGGCGCGGGGGCACUGGUGCUGCCGGGGGUGACAGGCUGGCACGUUUUGAGCCAGGCUUCACUGUACGCGCGUUUCUUUGCUUUACAGCUUGAAACAGCAGAUGACAAGGUCUGCGGCUCUGUGGCAGCAGGGAGAGGUUGUGGAGCUGCGAUGGGCCAGGCUUGUACUCGGGAGAGGAAAAGGAGAUCCUGUUCCUUCCUCUGGGCUCCCCAUUAAUCUGUCUGCGAGCCGUGGGGAGUCGCAAGUCAAUCCAAAUGAGGCAGCCGCUGUUCCCAGCCCUGGGGGGCGGCUGUGUAUGGGGGUUUUUCAGGGUACGCUCAGCCCAGCCACCCCCCUGGGCGAGGUCACUUCCAAUGAUAGUGAAGUCCACAACGUUUCUGUUGUGGUUUCCAGCUGAUAGGGAAAUAUUGUUUACAUUUUUUUAUCAAGGAAAAAUCCUUUUUUUUUUUUUUUUUUUGAGGGAGGGGAAUAAACCCAAUCUAGGGAGGACUGAAUCCUGGAUGCCACUGACAGUAUGGGCGUCAAAGGUGCCUCUUUCAGGGCAAGGGGCGGCUGGCAGCGGGUGCCUCCUCGCUGCCGGGGAGGGUCCUGCCUUGGGAGCCAGCGAGAGCCGCUGGCUUCUCCGCAGUCGCUUGACUUUCAGAAGAAAGCGAAGCCCGAAUUGUGCAGCCUGGGGGGCCCCAGCGCCGCUCCGCUGCCUCAUCCCAGCACCACCAGCAUCCCUGCCUCCCACUCAGCAGUCUCCAGGCGCUCGUAGGGACCGAGCUGGAGAAUAUUUUUUAAGUCUUGCAGAACAUGUGAACCUUUCUGGCGGCAGGUAGGUUGGUACUCGGACUGCCAGGCGUCUGCGGGGUCGGUGCUGGAGUUCAGCUCAAAAGCAGCGCCCGGGCAGAGCCGGGGGUGAGUGACCCCUCCCUGCAGGGAGCCCGGCCGGACCCAGCCUUGGAUGGUCACUGGGUUUGACUCACGCUGAUCGUCCACGUUUUCCUGCAGCCGGAGGGCUCAGAAGCUGGUCGAGGAGACCUGCACGGGUGGUCUGGAGCAGCAGGAAAGGGAAGGAGAGGAGAGGGAGAAGGGGCCAGGUCAGGCCGUGGCAGCGGGUGCCUCUGGCCACUGUUCCUCGAGGAGCCAGAGGGCCCGUGGCAGCCGUUCACCUUCAUCUUGCCGUCCUGUGCUAGCAGCCAAUGUAUUCAUUUUGGCUUGUAAUUUCAACAAAUAAUGGCUUCUUUACGGAGGUCUUUUGCCCUACUCUAGGUUACCCUUACAAGCCGAAAUUAGCAGCAGUAGUUCAGGCAGAGUUCAGCAGCCUUCAAGGUCAUUUUAGUUCUGUUAAUGCUGAACUCCUUUCUCGGAGGAGAUAAAAAGCUGCAGUUGCCAGCUUUGGGUGCGUGGUGAGGAGGAGCCGUCCCGCCGGCGUCCCUGGAGCGGCUGCUCGACGUGUGUGUGAAGAGGCUCCUCUGCCCUGGGCCGGGGCACCCGCAGCGGCCUCGUGCGCGGGAGUGCGGAGAUCGAUGGACCAAACUGGGGGUACAGGUACUUCUGAGCCCCCCUGACGCCCCAGCCCACCGCAGCCGCGUUUGCUGCCACUGGCUGGCGGCGGCACAAUUCUCAGGUGAAACGAAAAGCUGGCGCUGGCAGUGUGUGCUGCCGGGUCGGUCAGAGGCUGCAGCCUCUACCAGCGCAGGCUCCUGUGCUCCGGAGAUGCUCUCCCUUAGCUUCGGAGUUUAAUCCCCAACCGUCCAGCUGGUCGUUGAGUUUGUAACGUUACGGAGCCGAGCACGACGUCCUGCGUGAGCUGGCAACGUGCCGGCAAGCUGGGGUGGGUGACGGCAGAUCGAUGCCUUGCAGCAGGACCCGCGCAGGCUGCUCGGCCAGCUCCGGCUCUGCCCCAGAAACCCAGAACCCAGGUUCUGCUGCAACCGGGCAGCCUUGAACAUCACCUCGGCAGGGUGUGGGGCAGCCUGGGGCAGCGGGUUUGCAGAGGGCUGGUGCGGCUCUGGCCGCCCGGGCCAGCAACGCGCUGCGUGUUCUGCCGGGCAAAGGGCUGCGGGGAGAGGAGGGAGCGUUGCCCAUGGGGGAGGUUCCCAAGGACAGAGUUUCCGUUGAGCUCCACGAUGCCAAAACGUCACAGUCUGUGCUGUUUACCUUCUAGUCUUUAACUUUGCCAAACGAGCUAGCGUUGCUUUGAACAGUCCAAGGAAACGUUAGCCUGUGUCAGCAGAAACGAAUGCUCUGGGCAUGGUGUCUGCUGGGUGUGCUUUUGCGCCGGGGAUACGAGCGUUUUGGGAGAGGAAUCAAGAAAUCUGGGAGCGCGGGGGUAACGCUCUUCCCCACACACCAAAUGUUUGCUACUUGGCCUUUGCAAACCCAAACCGAAUGACAAUGUGCCUUUCGGACCGUCCUUAUCUCAGCCUUGUCUGCGACACGGGUCCCACGACAGGUUUGUGCCUAUGCAAAGCGGGGUGGUCACAGGGUCCUGGGGACAGCCGUGACACUGACGGGGAGAGGUGCCCGUGUCCCGGGUGGGACACCCAGCCCUCGCGCAGGGCCCUGAAGGCAGCUGAGGGAUGCCCAGCGAGGGGAAGCCACUCGGCAGGGAUGCCCUUGCCUAGAGCAAUAGGGUGCGGGGGCUGGUGUCCCUGAGGGGGACGAAGCACCUGAGGAUGCUCCAAAAAGGGGUCGGGCACCCAAACGUCCACCGAGGGUGCAGGAGACACGCUGUGGCAGUGGGUGCUGUGCUGUGCUCGCUGCACGCCGGCUCCGAGAUGGCUGCUCCCUCCAGAGCCCCCGUCAGAGCUCCCAGGGGUUUCUCCGGGCUGGGGCUUGCUCCUGCCUCCUGGCCGGGCAAAGGGCCCCUGGGCCCGGGCCCGUCCCCGGGGGAACACGUAUCCCGACGGCGAGCGGCUUUCCUCCAUCACCCACCCUUCCCAGGCGCGUCCCCUCCCGGCAGCGGCAGGACUCUGCUGUCACCACUUGCUAUUGUGCCUUUUGCUCACCAGCUGGUUCGAUUCCAAAGGUCUGAGGAUGGUGAAAAUGAUAAUCCAGAAAUUUUCCUGACCUUCAUCUCCUCCUGCAUUCCUUCCCCAGCCCCUUCCCGACCUCGUGUUUCAGAUCUCGGCUCUCCCAGCAGCGCUGGGGUGUCUGAGCGAACGGUUCCUGUUGGAGUUUGCCUCUCAAAGGCACAUUAUGUGAGUGAUUUACUGUAAUCUUUUGUGGACAGGGGUUGAAAGCCGGUGCAGACCCUGUUUACCAGUCAGUACCAUUAGUAUUCAAGGUCUACCUUUUUUUUUUUUUUCUUCUUCUUUUUUUUAAGUUUGCUGCUAUGGGUUGGAGUGUUCAGCCGUGUGUCAAACAGCCAAUUAAAGGUUUGUCACUUGUCAUUUUCUAAGGGGUUUCCGAUGUGGAAAGUCCUGCAGUAUUUGUAUAUUGAAUGGAUAUUUUCUCCAGGCAUAAUCUGGUUAAGCAUACUUGUUGUUUUCCAUUGGACUGGAAGAGGUGGCCAAUUCAGCCAUCUUCCUUAGAAACUUAGUCUAUUUUUAUAUAUAUAUUUUGUACCAAAAAAACUGGAGGUCGUGGAGGGAUGGGGAUAGAUUAGGGGGUUUGGUUUGCGUUGAGUUUCUGAGCUGGGUGUGAAGGGCUCCAGAGCCAGAAAGAAGGUUUUUACUGAAAGAAAUUGAGGGAUGGGUGAAAACAAACAAUUGUUUUUGUAACUUGUGCCAGUCACUGGUCUGAUUUGUAUGUUUUAAUUAAAGAGAGAGCCAAAUCGUUCCUGUAUGACACUUAUAAUUGCUUUCAACUACAGCUGUUUGUUUGCUUUUAUUUUCAGAGAACAAAAGUUGGAGAUGUUGUUACCCUGGGAAAUCGUAAGGGCUUUGUGGCGCAGGAGCGGCGCCCGGCCCGCCGAGCGCCGCGGGGCUGGGGGGCCCCGCUCCUCACUUCCCCACCACCCCCCGGCACCUCGCUUGCGCUCUGGGCCGUGUUUUCUAGUGCUUCUGGACACUAACGCUAGUGUAGACCCACCACCUCUAGGCUGCUUUUAAUUUAUUUGCAGGAAAACAUUAGGAGCUGGUUGCAUCGGGCUGGGGUUUUUUUUUUGUGUGUGUGUGUGUGUAACUUUUCCACUGCUCUUUUUUAGCAUAUCAAUAAAUAUUUUUUUAAACUUUU